AAGAGGCCACCCACUCUUUACAUGUGAUGGCCCUUGAUGAGAAUUAUCUUUAAGCAAUCACAACUACUCAACAGGGGCACUUGUUCAAUAAUAAUUUCCUCAUUCAUGUGAAGGCGAUGGCUCGUUGCUUCGUAGUCGCUGACAUAAGCCAACUGGGGCCAACUUCUCACCGCAUGAGCACCACGAUGACCAUUCGAGCCUGUAAGUUCAGAACUGCAUUUCCUGUAAAUCAUAACGUUUAGCGCUAUAUCUCCGAUAGCACGAGUCCGUACCUUACAAGUAAAAAACAUACGCAUCCGAAAAUCAAUACCACCUCCCCAACUUAGCUGGCAGACGAGAUCUUUCAGACUCUCCAAAUCCUCAACAACCUACUACGAAAUGGGCGAGAAACCCCCAGAAGAAGCGCCAUUCCCUCUAACGGAUGUCGACAGAUGGGUCCUCUCUCAGACUGAUGAGGAGUUUCACAAACAUGAUUGGGAGGAGUUAAAGGAGAUUAUCAGAACGAACAACCUCUCUGUCCUGAAGCGCAAACCCUCUGACCUUCGUCGAUACAUGGCUUGGACUGCAGAGACCAAAGCAGAAUAUGGCUCCAUGACGAACUAUCUUCUUGAAAACCGCCUGCCUCAGGAAUGGGGAAACCCGCCAUUCACACCAAAAUCUACUGUCCCUUUCGAGGACCCUUCAGAUUACCGUAUCUUGACCAAUGACUGGCCUUACGGAUUGGAACCGGAUAUCAGACACAUUGUUGUGUGGUUGCGCACAACCGUCCCUACGGACUCCGAGACCGGUGAUAUGACACCCGAGAGCAGGGUUUUGGUCCAGUCAUUCAUCAAAAACACAUUUAUCGAUGCUCUGGGUCCAAACGGAGAGAGCAGAGUGCUGUGGUUCAAGAAUUGGGUCGCCCUUCAGAGUGUACGCGCCUUAGAACAUAUUCAUGUCCUAGUCCGCAAUGUGGACGAUGAUACCCUUCAGCGCUGGACUGGAGAAGGUCCGAAACAAAAGCUUUAGAUAGCCAAUAGACUUAGAAUCCCAGGAGAGAUCUAAUGCCCUCAAUGAGAGUUGGGAAAUCUAAGCAGCUCGACGUGCUCUGCGAUUUCCUUGGGGAGCUGCACCAGCACCAGCACCAGAACCAUCGCCCGCUCCUUGGAACUCGGCCAUCUUCUGCUUUCCCAUGCCUAAUAGCCCACUCCCGAGGUACACGCCAUAUGCCGGAAGAAUAAGCCACAGAAACCAAGCUUUAUUUCCGAAGAUAACGACAAAGAUUACUGCAGCCCAGGUAACCCAGAUUACGUCGAACAUGUACUCGGUCAAGCCAGGAGCGGACAGAUCUUCACCAGCGGUACGCAGAGCGCGCGUAGUUGGGUCGUACUUCGGUCGACCGGAAGCCUCGAGAAUGUACUCGCAGAUGAGGGCAGGCGCAGAAAGGAGAACGUAAAGCCAGAUAGAACGAGCACGGAAGAGGAAGUGAGAAAGGAGGAACAUGGCGUUGACGAUAAGAGAACCGAUGUGCAAGUUGCUAAGUGCCGCCGCGUUGGACUUGGCGAGAUCCUUUUUCGCUUUUUGGGCCAUUGUGUCUGUGUACUCACGAACACGCUCGGGUCGAUAGAAUUAGCUGCAGAGUGGUGAUAGCUGAGAGCACGUGGACGUUUGGUCGAUCAAGCUGAAGUAUUCACUGAAGAAGUGAGAAGUGGAAUGACGAUGCUGAUAACAGGGGACAGUAGCAAUUCCACCAAUCUGAUUGGUACCUCCACUUGCCGGAGUAAUAAAACUUGUAGAC